AACGCACAGUAUCUCAUCACAUCUAAAAAAGACUCGAUCCUAGUUUGAACACAAAGUGAAAAGAAGAAGAAAAAAAAGGUAAUACUUUCAUUGUUAUUUGUACACUCUCUUACUAUCUCAACACUCUCAUUUCUCAUCCCUCACCCCCCAAAAGAAGGAAAAAAAAUGGCACUGAACAAGACCGUAAUGGGAGCCAUAAACUUCAUCGCCAUGGUUGUAUCAAUCCCCAUCAUCGGCGCCGGAAUCUGGCUCGCCACGCAACAAGACAAUGCCUGUGUUCAAAUCCUGCAAUGGCCACUCAUUAUAUUCGGUGUCGUUGUCCUUCUCGUUGCGGUUGCGGGGUUUAUCGGAGCCUUUUUACGCAUCAAUUGGCUACUCAUUGCAUACCUUGUGGCUAUGCUCAUUCUCAUUGUUCUACUUGGUUGCUUGGUGGGUUUUAUUUAUAUGGUUACUAUUAGAGGGUCAGGGCAUUUGGAGCCUAAUAGAAGUUAUUUGGAGUAUCAUCUUGAGGAUUUUUCUGGGUUUCUUAGGCAUAGAGUUCAAAGCUCUUUUAAAUGGGAUUUGAUUAGAAGUUGUUUGAGUUCUUCUUCUAUGUGUGCUGAGUUGAAUCAAAGCUUUCGUUUGGCUCAGGAUUUCUUUACUGCUCCCAUUUCUCCUCUUCAGUCAGGAUGCUGCAAGCCACCAACAUUAUGUGGAUACACAUUUGUGAACCCAACAUAUUGGAUAAUGCCUAUAAACAAUGCUGCUGAUAUGGAUUGUUUGAAGUGGAACAAUGACCAAACCCAGCUUUGUUAUGGUUGUGAUUCUUGCAAGGCUGGUUUGCUAGAGAGCUUGAAGAAUCAAUGGAGGAAAGCUGAUAUUAUACUCCUUUUGUCUCUUAUUGCUCUCGUUUCUGUUUAUUUGAUUGCUGCUUGUGUCUUUAGAAACGCCAAAACUCAGAAACUCUUUGAUAAAUACAAGCAAGGCCAACCACCCCAACCCUAUAUUUAAUCCCAAACCUAUAUGAUCGAUCUUCGUGUAAUUUUAGGCCUUUUGUUUGAAUAUUUAUCAACCAACUAAUGGGGAUGUCUCUAUAAUGUAAUUUACUUCAUUUUAA